UGGUUUCUCUCGGGCAGAACAAAAGCGCCGCAGCAGGAGGGUCGGCAGGUCCCCCAACCGGUGCGUCCAGUUCGGCGCAGUCCGAAGUGGUUAGGUUCGGCGAAGCGGAUAAGGGACGUUCGGCAGUGUGCUCGUCGGCGUGUGUGGCAGUAGACGAGCGAUCGUCGAUUGUGGCAGUCGGCCGCAAGCAUGGCAUG